AUGUCGCCUACUCCCUCGAUCAGCAGUGAGAGAAUUUCUCAGCACGGUGAUCCUGCGGAGUUGGGAAGAGAGCUGAAGAUGGAGGGCCAGAGGAAUAUCAGUGAUGCAGUGAGGACCAUCCUCGAAUGCAUCGACGAAGACCCGGCCCGCGAAGGGCUCCUUGACACUCCCGAGCGAUACGCCAAGGCGCUCCUGUUUUUCACCAAAGGCUACGGGGAGAAAGUGUCGGACAUCGUCAACAACGCCAUCUUCCGCGAGCACCACCACGAGAUGGUGAUCGUCAAGGACAUCGAGAUCUUCAGCAUGUGCGAGCACCACCUGUUGCCGUUCACGGGGAAGAUGCACAUCGGCUACAUCCCCAACGGCUUCGUCAUCGGCCUCUCGAAGCUGGCCCGGAUUGCUGAGGUGUACAGCCGUCGGCUGCAGAUCCAAGAGAGGCUGACCAAGGAGGUGGCAUACGCGCUCAUGGAGGUGCUCAGCCCACGGGGCGUCGCCGUGGUCAUGGAAGCCUGCCACCUGUGCAUGGUCAUGCGGGGCGUGGGGAAGACCACGGCGACAACCAUCACGAGCUGCGUGCUCGGCAGUUUCGAGGCCAACGAGAAGACGAGAAACGAGUUUCUGAACCUGGUCGGCGUUAACAAGUGA